UAUAAUAAAUAUCAGAUGUUUCCACCAUUAAAUGCAAAGAAGGGCUCUAAGGCUUCUUUGGAGCUUCAAGUUUCUCCACGGAUUCCUAGCAACAUCAAGGACAGAAAUGAAGAAAAUAGUAAUGAAGAGGGCUAUCAAAUGCCAAGGAGCCAUAGAUCAAUGUAUAAAUCAAUGAAAGCCAACCUCUCUGAAAUUGAAAGUCAGUGGGAAAGGACCAGUCUUGGCACAGCAGCUAAGAACAGUAUUAAGACUGCUAGGCAAAGCGUUGAUGAUAUUCUGAGAGGAGCCAAAAAUAAUCGGAGACAGCUCAUUAACUUGAAGUCGAUGGUGCCUACUACUGAUCAUGAAUCAGAGGAAUAUGACACCGACAUUGGAAUGUCUCAGAAAGCAAAGUCAACAGUGUCACCUUAUGACAGAUUAAAGGUCAGCUUAAAGAGAAAAUAAGUAUAUGUUGGUUAAGAAAAUGCCUCAAACUUUGAAGAAACCUAAGAAGGCCUUCCGUGUAAAGCCUAAGCAGACUACCGAGGAAGAACACAAGGCUAUUGUUGAGGUGGGCUUUUCCAAUAUCCCUAAACUCAAAUUAAACAAUCCAUUUAUUGAGCGACAGGAGAAGCUAGCCAGUGAGAAUAAGAAUAGCCAGUUUGUUGCAAAAGAUCUUAUUUAUUUCAAAGAUAUAAGGCAGAAGGAGAAGAAUGCUGCUUCUAUGGAGAGGAGGCCUAUUCAUCCUCAAUUUUCAUCAACUUUCAACGUAACUUUACCCUUUAAAGAUACUCUACUGGAUCUUACUCCUGAAAUGCCUCCUAAUCAAGGAAUUUCGACUAUUUAUAAUGGGACUCCGAGAGAGGCUCGACUGCUAGAGAAGAGUCAGGAAGGUCACAACUUUAAAAAUAAUAGCCCUAAGAAGUUUAUGUUCAACCCUGAGAAGGCUAGAGUAGCUGUAAACGAUACCAGGGAGAAUUCCAGUUCUAAAGAGGUUAAAAAGAAAGUGAAAUAAGGAGAAGCACAAGAAAGUAUUUGAAAAGAAGGAUAAAAUUAUUAUAACCUCCCGGGAUAGAGCACUUGUGUUUGCAAAAGGGAUUAAAAAGCCGAAAUCAAUGAGGGAUAUGCUUCCCAAAAGGUACCCCAACGGGAAGGUGAAAAUCAUGGAUGCUGAUCUGAAUACUAUCCAGGAUGAAGGGGAGCUAGAAGAGGCCAGCUCCAUAAAGUCUGAUUAUCGAUGUGUAAUAGACCCAAACAAGAUGAAAUUAGUCGAGCAGACUAUAAGAAUGUUGUACUAAGCCAUGGCUCAGAUUCAAUUUAUGCCA